UCGUUUUUUUAAUAUAUAAAUGUUAAUAAUUGUAGCAAUUUUAUGUGUUAGUGUAUUAGGAUAGUUAGGGUAUGAUGGUUAUACAGAAUGGUAAUCAGGGAUUGAUAGAACCAUCAAUAGACAAAAUAAAUUUGUAGAACCUGUCUAUCCGUUAUAAAUGUUCACAAGAGUUUAAUUCCCAAGAUAAUUCAGUAGGUUAGAAUAAUGAAUAAUAGAAUAGACGACCUUAAGUUUUAAUAAUGCAUGAAGAAAUAGAAUGGAAUAAGAAUAGAAAUAUAAAUUAUCAAACUUUUGUAUCUGAUGUGACUGUAAAAGGGUUCUAUAUAAACUAUUUAAUUAAUGGUCCAGCAAUAAUUCCAGUUUUAAGAGUAAGAUGGGUAGCAUUUGUAGAUUCUGAAGCAGAAGUGCAAUAUGUUAAUUAUCAAUUUGAAGAUUUGAUUCGAUUAAGACAAGGAUUUGGAACUAGAUUUUAAGAUUUUAUGGUUCAAUAUUAUUUGAAAUAUCCAACUCCUAGAGUAGUAGCAUUUAUUGUAGGAGCUGAGAUGGAAGUUUAUGAUUCUUUAACUACAACUAUUUAAAUUUAAUUAGGUAAACCAACAGGAAGUGCAACUCCUGUUAGAUUUUUGACUAGAGAUAGAUGUCAUAUUAAUACUCUUAGAAUAGCAUAUUUUAUAUCAUCUGAUUAUUCUACAAUAAUGGGAACUUUGGGCAGUUCUGAUAAUUAUUUUAAUUAAUUUUUGGACAAUGAAAAUAGAAUGAAAUUGAGAGUAUAAAGAUUUGAAAGAGAAGUUCCUUCCUCUUUUAUUUUUGAAUCACAUUAAAAUGUAUUGGCUUAAGGUAUUACAGGAUUUGAUGUACAUAGCAGAGCUGGUAAUUUUUAUGUUAAAGUUGGUGGAGAAUAUGUUGAUAAGAAAUCAUCUACUUAUCAUUGUGCAUAUGGAACAAGUAAUCAAUUAUAUUAUCUCAUAUUUUAGAAGGUGAUACCGUUUUGUAAUAUAUGGAAGUCAGCUAUAUUUUACAUCCUCCUGCUUUACCUCCAUAUUAAAUGCUAAUUGAAGAAAGUGUCAUAGAUGAUAACCAAGAUACUAUUAUUGAAAGUUAAGAAUUGCUAAAUGAUUCAUUAAUACCAUGAUAUAUAUUUUAUUUUAAUU